UCAAAAGUGAGAAACAAUGCAUUUUCAUUUUGGUGAGAGAUGGAACAAUGGCAAUCCUGCAGAUAUUUCUCUGCCUGCCCGUUUGAUAUAAUUGGUGGAGCAGCUCUGGUAGCCAAAAAGGGACAAUCAACGACCCUUUCUAAGGAUUGUUCCUCAUUCCCCCUUUUAUCUUCUUUUUAUCUUUUACAACCAAAUCAAAUAAUUUUGACAGAUCUUGCUUAUACUUCUCUUGUUUUUACUUUUCUAAAUGAAUCACAAUGUCGACCGACAGAACUCGAAUCUGAUCAAAGCAACCAAUACAGCUCAGAAACAAGCUUAUUGUACUCAAAACCAAUUCAACUGCAAUUCUGCUGCACCUAGUUCAAAUUGUACUUCUGUAGGAAAAACGGAUAACUGUACAAAUAAAGAUAAUUUUACAACUUCAAAUAAUACAACAACGCCAGUAAAAGGGCAAAAAAGAGGAUAUAAAUCUCAUGUUCCCAGCGCUUGUAUUAACUGUAAAAUAGCUCACUUGGCAUGUGAUGUUUCUCGACCCUGUAAACGAUGUAUAACGUUAAAAAAGACAGAUACAUGCCAAGAUAUGCAACACAAGAAAAGAGGAAGGCCCAAAUUGAAGGACAAAAGAUCGAUAUUUCCAACUUCAAUCUCUGCAGCGAACAAUGAUAAUUUUAAAAUACUCUAUGGUACGAUAGAAACGCCUGCCCUGAUAUUCAGUAAUGCUACCGAUGCAGCUUCAACGUCUACAAUGUUUGUAAAUAACAACAAUACUUCUCCAUCUAUUCAAAAGAACAAUACUAUAUCUUUUAUACACGAAGCAAUCGAGUCGUUCCAAUCUACAUCUACUACUGCUACAACGACGACUACCUAUCACAACAAUAACAACAAUACCAACAAUACCCACCCUCUAUCUAUACCUCACUCCACGUCUACACUGACUUCAACUAAACCUACUUCUACAUUUAUGCCUGAAAUUGCACCUACUACAACAGCAAUUGCAUCGACCAAUAAUAUACUCUUGACGCCCAUAUCAAUGAAGCAAACACCAGCCAAUAUGUCUUUGCCACAACAGAAUAACAUGAAUGGCUCCAAGACCAUUACCCCAACCCCCUCAACGACUACGGCUACUACUACUUUUAUCACUGAUCCAAUGGCGAUAACUGCACCAGGAUUAAUACCACAACCAUUUUACUGGGAUACAAGUGAUAACAGUCAAAUUGAAAACAAUAUUAUAUCCAGCCUAAUUCCUUUCAUGUCGUUUGAGGAUACUUUAAGCAACGUAACCGCGGCUACAGCCAAUGUUAGUACAAAUACAUAUUCCAAUACUACUUUACCAGCUUUAAUGAAAGAGAAAUUAACUGAACCAUCUACAAACGAUUAUACAAUUACACUGAUUCUAUCUAUGGAAAUUUGCUGUGCAAAAGCUCCAGAUGAUGUUAUUGAGCAUUGGGGAUAUUAUCCGCAAGAAUUGGCUCAUCGUUCACUUUAUGAUUUUAUAUCACCAAAGGAUACAGAUCGAUUAGCUCGAUUGCAUCGUUUAUUGAUCGAUAAUACCAUGAAUAUUAUCAGAAGUCAACAAGCUUCUCCGCCAAUGGCAUUACCGGCUUCUGAGAGGACGACUUCUUCUUUAUUUAAUACAACCGAUCAGGAACAAUUAAAACAAUUGGCUAAUGGCUCCAAGCAAUAUUCAGAUACUAUUCACAUAAGGAAAAGAAGUGGAGAUUUUGAAUUAUACGACGUGAUUGUUUAUAUUGGCGGAGGUUUAGGAGCUGAUCUGUAUGAUCUUUCCAGCCUUUCCAAACAAUACAUUGUAGCCCAGCUUAAAAAGCAUGAAUACGAAGUAAAGCCAGCAAGAAUAACAAAAGCAAGUAUGACUUCUUCUGCUGUGCAGCAACAGUCAUCAAGCAAUACAGUUAUUCCUGCGCAGAAUGCUAGUGCUAGCAGUACAAUCAACCGCAAAAGCAUCAAUAACAACCUUCAGCCAGGGAGUGAAUCGCAGCCCCAUUCUUUAGCAGCCUUUUCACCGCUAUCACCUUUGUCACCAGCGUCUUCGUUCUCAGCUUCAUCAUCACCCUCAAAUAGACACAACAGCAAUGACAUAAAUAGCCGCAAAACUUAUAAGACGUUCAUGUCGAUUAAGCCAUCAGCCACAGCAAGGUCUCCUUUAAACUUGUUUAAUAAAAUAGACCAUACAAAUAAUCACCUCGCCUCUUUUGAAAAGAAGAAACGUCAGCUUUCUAUAUCCGUUCAUCAACCCAAUCUUAUCUCAACAACUUCAGCGCCUACUCCCCAUCAUUCUCCACCUAAAUUUCACAUUGCACCUAUCACUGAUCCUUACUCACCCAUAAAGAAAACGGCUGUUCUACCUAUUGCUACCUUAGCUACAGCUACGGCACCUACUACUGCAGUAGUGAUGCACCCUUCCAUAGCUUCUCCCAUCACACAUCCCACACAACAAUACUUUUUACAGACAUCAAGUAGUACUUUAAACGCAGCAGCUUCUUCUGUACAAAACAAAUCAAGAACAACUGUUGAAAAUCCGAUUUUGUCUACAACAACAAAUUCUGCUAACCGCAAAAUAGAAAUGAGUAUUCGAUCCUUAUUGUGUUAAACCAAUAAAUCCUCCUAAAGUCUCCUAUGGAAGUCUAACUUUUUUGAUUUAAUUCUUUAUUUGUUCUCUGCUAAUUCUGACAUUGUUGAAUUUCUUAGGUUUCAUCCUCCCCAUAAAACCAUGUUUAAUGUUGUGUGCUUUUUCACGCUGUAUGAUCUCAAACAAAAAAAAAAAAAAAA